GAGGGAUGGAAGUGUUUAAUUUUGACACUCGUUCGUGAGAGCUCAGCCUCAAUUUUCACUCUUCAAUUUUAUAUCCUCUGUUGAUUUUCUCACACCAUCUGCACUCGAUUCUUCUUCUUCUCUCUCUCUAGAAAGCUUAAUAAAUGGCGCACGAGAUCUUAUACUUUGAAUUGAACACCGGUGCGAAAAUUCCUUCAGUUGGACUCGGUACGUGGCAGUCGGAGCCUGGCCUCGUAGGCCAAGCUGUUGAAGCUGCCAUCAAGAAUGGAUACCGCCACAUUGACUGUGCUCGAGCUUAUGUGAACGAGAAGGAGAUUGGUUCAGUCCUGAAGAAGUUGUUUGAUGAUGGAGUUGUUAAGAGAGAUGAUUUGUUUAUCACCUCCAAACUUUGGUGUGCUGACCAUGCACCUGAAGAUGUACUAGCGGCAUUAGACAAAACACUGGAAGAAUUGCAACUGGGAUACGUCGAUUUAUUCCUUAUUCAUUGCCCUGCCAGGAUGAAAAAGGGGUCUGUCGGCUUUAAACCUGAAAAUUUUAUUGCGACAGAUAUACCUAGCACGUGGAAGGCCAUGGAAGCACUGUACGAUUCUGGCAAGGCCCGAGCUAUAGGGGUCAGCAAUUUCUCCACGAAAAAGCUCGGUGAUUUAUUGGAUAUAGCUUGCAUUCCGCCAGCUGUCAACCAGGUUGAAUGUCAUCCUUCAUGGCAGCAGACUAAAUUGCGGGAAUUUUGUAAAUCCAAGGGAGUUCACCUAUCCGGUUAUUCCCCACUGGGUUCUCCUGGCUCAACCUGGCUCAAAAGUGAUGUCCUGAAGCAUCCCGUUUUAGUUGCUACUGCAGAAAAAUUGGGUAAGACGACUGCACAGGUGGCGCUUCGAUGGGGACUGCAAAUGGGUCAUAGUGUACUUCCGAAGAGCACUACUGAAUCUAGAAUCAAAGAGAACUUGGAUCUUUUUAGUUGGUCCAUACCGGAUGACUUGUUUGUGAAGUUCUCCGAAAUCGAGCAGGCAAGGCUGUUUAACGGUUCUGCAUUUGUGCACGAGACGUUCGGCCAAUACAAAACUAUUGAAGAGUUCUGGGAUGGAGAGAUCUGAUCCUGCUGUUCUAUCAUCUGAUUUCUGAAUGUGCUUUUCAUGUCAGACCCACGAUGUUCGUGUUUUUAAGGAAUUUCUACUUUCAUAUAGUGUACAUUAAAAAAGAAUAUUAAGAAUAGUAAGAAAUAACAAAAUGUAGCGAAUUAUUAAUUUGUCAUGGAAAAAAAUAUUAUGUAUUAAUUUAUCGAAAUUCUACUGUAUAUUUCGUACAUUUGAGUUAUGAGUUUGAAAUAUUUAUACGAA